AAUCGAGCGGAGCGACAGAAACAAGCGAGCCGGGCCAGGGCCAUCAUUCACUCAGCUCUACUCAUCUGGACUACCCGGGCUAACUUUAGCUACAUGUGCUGAGGUCGAGGGGGGAAACUGAUCUCUAACGCAACAAUGCCGACAGUUACUCUUCCGCCGAAAGAGAACGCUCUCUUCAAGAGGAUCCUGCGAUGUUACGAACACAAACAAUACAGAAACGGCCUCAAGUUCUGCAAACAAAUCCUGUCCAACCCCAAGUUUGCAGAGCAUGGAGAGACCCUGGCGAUGAAGGGCUUGACCCUGAACUGUCUGGGGAAAAAGGAGGAGGCCUACGACCUGGUGAGACGAGGCCUGCGCAAUGACCUCAGGAGCCACGUCUGCUGGCACGUCUACGGCCUACUGCAGCGCUCGGAUAAGAAGUAUGAUGAGGCCAUCAAGUGUUACCGCAACGCUCUCAAGUGGGACAAGGACAACCUGCAAAUCCUGCGAGACCUGUCACUUCUUCAGAUCCAGAUGCGAGACCUGGAGGGCUACAGGGAGACACGGUACCAGCUGUUACAGCUGCGUCCAGCCCAGCGAGCUUCCUGGAUCGGCUAUGCCAUCGCCUAUCACCUCCUGGAAGACUACGAGAUGGCUGCAAAAAUUAUUGAGGAGUUCAGGAAAACACAACAGACGUCUCCAGAUAAAGUAGACUAUGAGUACAGCGAACUGCUGCUCUACCAGAACCAGGUGCUGAGGGAAGCUGGCCUGUACAAGGAGGCUCUGGAGCAUCUGUCAAACUACGAGAAGCAGAUCUGUGACAAACUGGCAGUGGAGGAGACACGAGGAGAGGUGCUGUUAAAGUUGGAGCGUCUGGAAGAAGCAACAUUAGUUUACCGUCGACUGCAGGAGAGGAAUCCAGAGAACUGGUCCUAUUACCAUGGCCUGGAAAAUGCCCUAAAACCAGGCAGUGUAGAGGAUAGACACAAGAUCUAUGAGGAAGCCUGGGUGCAGUUUCCUAAAGGACUGGUUCCUCGCCGGCUGCCCCUCAGUUUUCUCACUGGUGAGAAGUUCAGAGAGUGUCUGGACCGGUAUCUCAGGAUGAACUUUAGUAAAGGCUGUCCGCCUGUCUUCACCACACUCAAAUCACUGUACAACGACAAAGAAAAGGUGUCAAUAAUAGAGGAGCUUGUGGUCAGCUAUGAAACGUCAUUAAAAAGCUGUAGAAUGUUCAGCCAGAAUGAUGAUGGAAAGGAGGAGCCACCGACCACAUUGUUGUGGGUACAGUAUUUCCUGGCGCAGCACUACGACAUGAUUGAUCAGCAGACACUGGCUUUAGAAUACAUCAACGCGGCCAUCGAGAGCACGCCUACACUUAUCGAACUCUUCCUUGUCAAAGCCAAGAUUUACAAGCAUGCUGGGAACAUCAAAGAAGCCGCUCAGUGGAUGGACGAGGCCCAGGCUCUGGACACUGCUGACAGAUUCAUCAACUCCAAGUGUGCCAAGUACAUGCUGAAGGCUGGCAUGAUCAAAGAGGCUGAGGAAAUGUGCUCCAAGUUCACACGGGAGGGGGCGUCAGCUGUGGAGAAUCUGAAUGAGAUGCAGUGUAUGUGGUUCCAGACAGAAUGUGCACUUGCCUACAAGGGUAUGAACAAGUUUGGAGAUGCUCUCAAGAAGUGUCAUGAGAUAGAGAGGCAUUUUGUGGAGAUCACAGAUGACCAGUUUGAUUUCCACACUUACUGCAUGAGAAAGAUGACACUUCGCUCCUACGUGGACUUACUGAAAUUGGAGGAUGUGCUCAGGAUGCAUCCCUUCUACUACAAGGCAGCCGCCACUGCCAUCCAGAUCUACCUGAGCCUCCACGACAAUCCUCUCACUGACGACAGCAAGGAGCUGCAGGCCGACACUGCAAACCUUUCAGACAAAGAGCUAAAGAAGUUGAGGAACAAGCAGCGAAGAGCCCAGAAGAAGGCCCAGCUGGAAGAGGAGAAGAAGAACGCUGAGAAGGAGAAGCAGCUAAAGAACCAGAAGAAGAAGAAGGAGGAUGAUGACGAGGAGAUCGGGGGCCCCAAAGAGGAGCUUGUUCCUGACAAACUGGUCAAGGUAGAAAAUCCACUGGAAGAAGCCGUCAAGUUCCUGAUGCCUCUCAAACACCUGGUCAAAGACAAAAUUGACACACACUUAAUGGCCUUUGAGAUCUACUUCAGGAAAGAAAAAUACCUGUUGAUGCUCCAGUCUGUGAAGAGAGCGGUGGCCAUAGACCGAGACCAUCCAUGGCUACAUCAGUGUCUAGUCCGCUUCUUUAAAGGAGUCUCUGAGAGCAAGGAGCUGCCAGAGACAGUCAGGACGGUGCUGAAGCAGGAGAUCACUCGGCUGUUUGGAGACAGCAAUGCUAAGAGCUUCAACCAGGCCUACCUCACCAAGCACUCCAACUCCAUACCACACCGACUGGCAGCUGCGAAGAUGAUGGUGUAUCUGGACCUGGCGACAGAGAUGAAGGCAGCUGAAUUGGCCACUGCACUCGAUGAAUCACUUAUCAACAGAACCGUACAGAUCUGCACUGAGGUGCUGGACUGUCUUCGGAGCGCGACCCUCGGAGACUGUAAAGAGCGCAUGGAGGCGUACCGCGCUGAAUGUCACAAGCUUUACCCAUAUACAUUAGCUUUCAUGCCCCCUGGAUACGAGGAGAACACCAAGCUAGCCAAUGGAGACGUUUCCACGGAAACCGAGGAGCUAGCCAAUGAGAUGUGAGCGCAACAGAACAACAGCGGUUGAGCAAAGGAAUUGGGCGGAGCACGUAGCCUUGCGGUACACCUGGCAGCCAUUUUGUAGAGCCAAACAUUGGAAGCGAAAAAAUGGGUGUUUCGUUCUUUGGCUCAUCUUAAUUGGAUCUGACCUGGCUUGGCUUGGCUUGGCUCUCUCCCACAUGGUGGAAAAUCAGGACUGUGUGUGUGUUGAGGGCAUGUGUGUGUGUUGUGUGUGUGCGUGUGUGCGCAUGUCUGCGGUUGUGUAAAUUUGUGGGAGAAGUGUGUUGCGGGAGGGGGGAGAUAACAGAACUGCCAUUUUACUUUUUUUAAAUUACCAUGCUACGUAUGAAAAUAUACAAUAGUUAAUGGCAAACUGUUGGAAAAUAAAACUGUGACAUGGACUGUCUGUUUCCUCAGAUGAUCGAUCACAGUGACGGCAAAAUACUUGAGUUUGACUCGGUGCUGCUGUGACCUGUCACAGAACCGUGUUCCCCUAAUUUUAA